AUGGCAAGGCUUUUAGCAACAGCAGCUCUAGCUUGUAUUCUCUUGGCCCUCGUCGCCAACGCCUCUGCUUACAGAACCACCAUCACCACCGUCGAGUUUGAUGAUCAGUCCAGCAAGUCACGAGAAUCUGGAAGGUGCCGUGAGCAGAUUCGGAAAGCGGAUUUGAGCCAAUGUGAGGAAUAUGUAUCACAAUCAAGGCCAAGGUUAGCACUGAGAGGGAUCCACAAUCCAGAACAACAGGAGGAACAGCAACUUCAGCAAUGCUGCCAGCGAUUAAGGGAGAUAGACCGUCAGUGCCAGUGUGACGCUUUACAAUCUGUAUUUGAUAGGCAAACAGAGCAGCGAGGCCCUGCUGAACGGGAAACGAUAGAGCAAGUGGCUAAGAAAGCACUCGAGAUACAAACACAGUGCCGCUUGCCCGAUUACAAGAAAUUCCAAGAAUUCACUCGACACUGCCCUGGCGUUUUAGCUCAACACAACAGUAUCACAAUAUUUUGUUACACUAAAGUGACUUGGUCAGCAAAUUUUGAAGCAGAAAAUUUUGAUAUUAUGGAGAUUGAUUGGAGAAGCAAACGUUUUACUGUUAAACAGUUGGAAAUGGACCAGAAAAUUUUGGGAUGA